CCCGCGUCAGAGCAAAACGCACGGUACGUCAUUCCCUUCCUCCUUCCCUUGUGUAUCUGCAUCGACGCCCUGAGACAUUGCGCGCUAUGCUCUUUAGGCUGCACGCGCAAGACCACCAGCGCGGCUCUGGAAGACGCUAGACGUCCCUGCAGGCGACCCAAACAGCGACAACUGACUGCUUGGUAGGACUUCUUUCUCAACGCACCCCACCCCGCACUGCACACCACACAUCACAACACACCAUGGCCGACCAAGAAGAGGACCCCAGCGCCCUCCCCCUCCCCGAUCGCUUCACACACAAGAACUGGAAGGUACGAAAGGAGGGUUACGAGGCAGCUGCCAAGGAGUUCAAGCUCGCCACGAGCGAAAAUGAGCCCAUUGUGCGCCAGUUCGUAAACGAUGCAAGCAUAUGGAAAGGCGUUGUCGGCGACUCGAACGUCGCAGCACAACAAGAGGGUCUGGGCGCGCUGUGCGCCUUCCUCGACAUCUCAGGCCAGCAGGGCUGCACACGAACAAGGCAGAUCACUAUCGCUACUAUCGCUGAAAAGGGCCUUCCAUCAACUCGACCGGCGGCAAAGCAGGCCGCACUCGAAGCGCUUCUCCUGUACAUCGAGACCGACAAGCCUGACCCAGUCAUCGAAGAGCUUCUCCCCAUUCUAUCACACAAACAGCCCAAAGUCAUCGCCGCGACACUAGAUGCGCUCACCCAAAUAUACCACGCCUACGGCUGCAAGACGAUCGAGCCCAAGUCUGUCCUCAAGCUUCUUCCUAAGGUCUACGGUCACGCAGACAAGAACGUUCGAGCGAAGGCGCAGGAGUUGACUGUAGAGUUCUACCGAUGGCUCAAGGACGCUAUGAAGCCUCUGUUCUGGAACGAUCUGAAGCCUGUCCAGCAACAGGACUUGGAUAAGCUGUUCGAAAAAGUCAAGGAUGAGCCACCGCCAAAGCAGGAACGCCUACUCCGCUCCCAACAAGCAGCAAAGGAGGCAGCUGCCGCAACACCAGGAGGCGGCGAAGACGAGGGUGACGAGGAAGAGGAGGGCGCGAUCGACCUGGAACCUGAAUUUGAGGCCGUCGACGUCUUUGCAAAGAUCCCGAGAGACUUCAACGAGCGACUAGGCUCAACGAAGUGGAAAGACCGCAAGGAGGUGCUGGAGGAAACACAAAAAGCUCUGGACACCCCUAGGAUCGCAGAAGGACCGUUUGAUGACUUAGUGCGUGGCUUUGCCAAGUCUAUGAAAGAUGCCAAUGUUGCGGUUGUGAUCACAGCAGCCAACUGCGUCGAGCUUCUGGCUAAGGGUCUCAAGAAAAGCUUCAACAAGUACCGCAAGGACAUCAUGAACGCCAUGAUGGAAAGACUCAAGGAGAAGAAGCAAACCGUAACAGAUGCUCUUGGAGGUGCUCUGGAUGCUGCCUUCGCUUCGUCCAGCUUUGCAGAUUGUCUGGAGGAGAUUCUGGAGUUCCUGAAGCACAAGAACCCCCAGGUCAAACUGGAAUCCACACGAUUCUUGGUUCGCUGCUUGAAGAACACUCGUGAAGCCCCCUCGCCACCUGAAGCCAAAACUUUGGCCGAAGCUUCAACAAAGCUACUCGUCGAGUCGCAAGAGGUACAGCGUUCUGCAGGUGCUGAAGUACUCGGCACACUUUGGAAGAUCAUGGGAGACCGCAUCAUGAACGCUCAUCUCGACGGCCUUGAUGACAUCAGGAAGACCAAGAUCAAAGAGUACUUCGAGGCAGCUGAAGUAAAGGCAAAGUACAAACCAAAGGCUGCUGCACCGCCGCCUAAGCCCGCAGCUGCACCAGCAGCAACGAAAAAGCCAACGCUCGGGAAACGACCAGCCCCCAAGAAAGCUGCGCCACCGGCAGCAGCUCCACCACCGGCGGCAGAAGAGCCUACAGCACCGCUUGCUCCAAAGCCGACAUCACGGCCGGGCGUGUCCAAACUUAAGUCUGGUCUUGCGGGACCACGUCUUGGAGGAUUGAAGAAGGCCGGACUUGCUGCUCCUUCACCAAAGAAGCCAGUCGCCUCGCCACCUCCCGAGGAAGAGGAAGUGGCGCCACCACCACAGCCGAAGUUCGGUGCUGGACGAGGGCUUGCUGGCCGCCCGCUAGGCAAGCCUGCUGCUGAGCCUGCUGCCGCGCCUGCGGCUGCUCCUACUGGUCUAGGCUUGGUAGAGCGAGCAGAGCUUGAAGAGUUGAGAGCAGAAGCUGAACGACUACGACGACACAACGAGGAACUGCGUGGCGAGCGCACAAAGCUGACCUCUCAGAUACACGAGCUUCAGAAUCAGAACGCUCAGUUGAUCGAAGACCACACUCGUGACGUCCUCUCUAUCAAAGCCAAGGAGACUCAGCUAGUUCGUGCUCGCUCAGACUAUGAGGCAGCAGAGCAGACAACCCAGACCCAGCAACGAGAGAUCGACCGCCUGAAGCGCGAACUCAGUCGCCAGGUCCGCGUCACGUCUCCUCCACCCACGGAUCUGGCCGAUCAGAUCUACUCUGAUGGUAACGGACGCUUUGGUGACUCCAACUACAACAGCCAGGCUUCUUAUGGUCGCAAAGACAGUCGCAUUGCAAGCGGGCCAAUCAGUCCUGGUGGUGAUGGUAAGGAGAACUUUGAUUCUCUCUCCCGCCCAGACAGUCAUACGAGUGGCAAGCUGAGUCCUCUGCGAGCAGACGCGUCAGGCAAAUCCUCAUUCUCCUCUCGAGGUGGUCGCAAUAGCCCAGCUGAGAAUGGCACAAGCCGUCUGGGAAGCUCCCAAGCUGCUUCUGGUGCAGAGAGCUGGAAGCGUGCUGCCGAAGUGACGCAGAACCUGAAGCAGAGAAUUGAGAUGAUGAAGGCAAAGCAGGGCAUUGGAAGACCGCCGCCGCAAUAGAUAUCUUGUUUCUUAGCUUUUCUACGCACUAGUCGUAUGCAGAUAAAUUGCGCUUUGGCAUCUUCAUGCGGCGUUCGGUUGGUUUCGGUCUACACAUCUCCUCUGGGUCUGAGGGGACCGGUACAAUAGGGGUUGGGCAAGGUUUGCAUCAGAGGUUAGGGGUUUUGGCGCGUCGUGAUUCAUACCAAAGAUUCCCCUUACGUCUUUCACGUCAUACUUCGGUACGACCAUUCGUACUGUAGAGCAUUAUAGGAUGUUCAGUCUGUGUGCAGAAAGUGCCAGCCAGCCUCGCCGCAUGCCGCGUGCAUUAGGGUCUGUGUUCGGAG